UUCCCUCUGUUGUGUCUGUUGAACAUGCUUCUAGUCAUGUGUCUGGACAGAAUGCUCCUGCUGUGUACUGUGAUCUUUGGCUUCUGGAGGGACACCCAUGCUGUGUCCCCCGUGCCCUCCAUUCCAAACCGUGUCCCUGCCUUGGUAGGCUCCUGCGUGGUCAUCCCCUGCUCCUUCACUCCUUCAGCCUCUCAUUCCGCCCUGGACAGGCAGGGGAGAGUGGUGGGCGUGAGGUUGCGCUACAAGACUAGUCACAUCUCCAUCCUGCAGCGUACAGCUUUCAGUACGGAGGACAAAUCCACAGUCAACAGGGAGUUCCUGGGCCGGACAUCCCUAUGGGGAAACACGGACGAUGGAGACUGCUCUGUAAUGAUUGACAGGGUUCACCCGGCUGACUCCAAUGUUUAUGAGCUGGCGUUGAAGGGCCAUGGACAGAAUGACUGGGGGAAUGCGAGGAGGGUCAACAUCGUUGUGUCAGAGUCCCCAGAGCUCCCAGUGAUCAGCGGUGUGGGGUCAGCAACAGAAGGACAGAUGGUGUCACUAAACUGCAGCAUCAGUUACUCCUGUCCCUCCCAGGCCCCCACCCUCCUGUGGCGGUGGGAGAGAGGAGCUCAGGAGAAAAGCAGCGAGUACGGGGAGCUGCAGGUACUCCAGCCCCAGGGCCAGGGGCCUACACUAUGGACCUCUCUCACCUUUAUCGCAUCGUAUCGCAUCAAACCCAGAAUGAGGUGUGAGGCAGUAUAUCCAGGAGGAGAAAGAGUAUACACCAUAAAGGAGCUCCAUGUGACAUUUCCUCCAAAAGGUAUCACAGUCCAGGUCCAUACCUUGACUGUCCAGGAGGGGUUGAACGUGUUACUGGCCUGCUCCUGUAAAGCUGACCCGCCUGUGACAGAGUACAGGUGGUCAUACACCCAACAUGGGCUAACUGUAGACCUUCACCAGCGCACACACAUGGUCCGGGUGUACAACGUGACCCGAGACAUGAGGGUCCGCUGCACAGCCCAGAACCUAAUUGGACGGGCAGAGUCCAAAUCGACUUCCUUAAACAUUCAAUACAAGCCUGUCAUCCUCCAACUCUCCUCCUACUGUGUUGUGAAGGGGUUGGAGGUUCUGUGGACUCCAACCCCCGGCCAGGCGUAACCUGGAGUGUCAACGGUAGUGUUCCACCAUACAGAUACAACACAUCAGUAGGCUCAGAGAACGGUACACUAACAGCCAUGCUGAGGGGCCACAUGGACACUCCACUGAGGAUAGUCUGCUUCGCCAUUAAUGCACUGGGCAACGACUCCCACACACUGCUUCAGGCAGAGGACGGUUCUCUGCUGUGGAAAGUGAUACCUGCAGUAUGCAUCUCUUUGGCCACCUUCCUCUUCUCUCUACUUCUCCUGUUCUGCUGUCGAAAGAUUUCAGGAAAACGUGUGCUGACCUGCAGACCUCCGGUGUAUCCUGGGGACAUGGGUAUCUACCAGGAUCAGAUGCCCCUCUACAUCAACUGCACUGAGGUCAACAACAUCUACACCAAUGGCAGUUACCAGCUGGUUUACCAGAACUGCACCCCUCUUUUCGUCCAGACCAAACAGACACAUCCUAUGGGGAGGCGAGGUGGGGAGAGGAGAGGUGGAGAGAGGAGAGGUGGAGAGAGGAGAGGUGGAGAGAGGAGAGGGGG